CAUAUACGAACAUGACUAAUUAUACAAAUUUGAAGUCAGCCCACGUAAUUAAUGUAUAAUGUUAGUCGCGGGUGGUAAUUAUAGCAAACUGUAGCUAUGAUGAGUAAUUAAAUAGCACAAGUUUGCUUAUCUGCGUAAUUUUUCCAUUUUUACAUUAGUCCGCGAAUUGAAAUUUCGCUUUAGGUCCCCAAUUACGUUGAGCCGCCCCUGGAAAACCGUGGCAUUUGGUUAAAACUUAAUAUGACUAUCCUGAUUUUUGAAGCUGCUGGAUCGCUUCUACAAUUUGGAUAUUAGUAUGCAUUAUUGGUUUAUUAUAUAUGAUUUUGGGAGGGCAGCAUGGGUUCAUGUGAACCCAGUGACCCCCUCCGUGAUACGCCUCUGACGGUGAAAGCUUUAAUAAGGAGGAAGUGUUUUGCCAACCACGCAGUUAUUUCUCGAUCGAGAAACCUUGACCUAAUUAGAAUCAAUAUGGAUAUAUUGAACUAGCAGUUUUUGUCUAGUAGUAUCGGGAUGGAUAAUUUAUUUCUAAUAAACCCUCUACUCAAGGAAAAACAAUCUUGAAAAAAACGUAAUAGAAGUACAAAAAACGACAAAUAAUAACAAAAACAACAUACAAUAACAAAACAAUACAAUAGUCGAGGUAUAAGGAAUCAAUAAAGAUCGAGUAACAUAAAUCGAAGAAUAAGAAACCACAAGAGCAAUACUACCAAUUGCAAAAGCAGUUGGUGUCUUGUAAAGCUGAGAUAUCUUUUUUCUUGAGGUAAUUUGUUGCGCGCGUAUCGAUUAUUGUUUAGCUUUUGAUGCAAAUAAAAUAAAAAUCUGAUGUUAGAAGAUUCAUAAUAAGCUGUAUAUCAAACUCACUUCAGGCUCAACAGAUUUUGAUUCAUCAGCCUUGAUCACAUUCUCUUCACUAUUAUUCCGCAAUUGAUCGUAUCUGUAGAUACAAAUUGUUGAGUAAUACAACGAAAUUGGAUCGAACAAAUACAAAUGUAUCUUUACUAUAUGCAGCGCGGUGACUAUAUGCGUUGAUACAUUGAAUUUGAGCUAAUAUUUAUGAAGUGCGAUUAGACAAACUAUAAAAGGAAUAUAAAUGAAAAUUAUACUCCUAUUAUGAAAUAAAUAUUCAUUUAUAUCCUCUUAAAAAUAUUUGAUAUUAAAUCUUAAAGCCCAAAAAUAAUACAAUUUAAAACCCCCCUAAAAACCAGCCCACAAGAAUCUUUUUUUCUUUUUUAAGAUCAGACAAAAAAACCUAGUUUUUAUCAAUAAAUUGAAUCAAAAGCCAGCUUUCAAGAACCAAAAAAGCAAAUGGGGAAGAACACUAGUGCAAAAGGCAAAGAAAAGAAGGAAGAUGAACAUGAUGAACAAGAUGGAUAUUCUGUUCAAUCUCCUUGUCAACCUGCCUCUUCUCAUAAGGAGGAACAAUCGCAGGUCGAAUUGGAGAUAAGGUUGUUGGAGGCUCUUGAAAUUUACCCCCUUGCUAAAUUGAGAGGCAUCCAUCGCCAUUUUGUCCUUUUCGGCUUAACAGAGAAUCUGAGUAGAAGCUUGAGAAGGCCAUUUACUCCUGAUGAUGUUUUGAAGCUGCUGGAUCGCUUCUACGACUUGAAUAUGGUGAAACCAGAUGACGGGGAUACUAGAAUCUUCAAGAAGGAGGAAGGGUUUAGCCUACCGCACAGUUAUUUCAUGAUGGACGAGGAGCCUUGAUCAGCUAGUUUGGAAUCGAUAUGGAUAUUGAACUUCCAUAGAGAAUCCUUCUCCCCACCCCACCCCCCGUCUUUCUGUAUUUGAAUCCAUUGUGAAGUAUCAACAUCGAUAUUGUCUACAUCACGCUCUUUGGGUGUAGUCCUUCCUUAGACUUUGUGUAAACGCAAGAUGUUUUGUGCAUCAGACUUCUCUUUUUAAUUUAGUCAUUUUGUUGUUUUCUUGUAUAAUGCAAAAAUGUACAAUGGCUAGAGAGUUUGCUUAUACUAAAUGAUGUGGUGUAGUUAAAUAGCUUCAUGGUAUAUUUCUUUCAUGUGACACAAAUUUAAAAAUGCCCCAAUGGGAUGACUUAGCGGUCAAUGAUCAUUGCGUUACAAGAAACCAAAAGUCUUUCACUUCACUAUAUAAGAAACUUUGCUAACCUUCUCGAUCAGUUAGUCUAACCAUUGGGGAUUCCUUCUUGCUUAUCCACCCCUCGUAAAUGAUAAUGAUGGAUUUCGUGCUAAGGAAUGAAUCGGGGAACUAAGGAUGUUUCCAAUAUCGAUCACGAGGUUUGAAUUCCAGCAAGAGAUGACAACUAGGUGCAUUCCUCUUUGGUUGAUGGAGGUAGUAUAUAUAUGGUGCAUGUUUCUCAUUUGUUCAAGCUUUAGUUGAUACAAUGGUUGAUCUCGAAUAUCUGUUUGGCCAUGAAAUAUGUCAAUAAUUUUUUUUUUUUACCUUAUAAUCAAUGUUCGAUCAUGAAAAUUCCAAAUCCAACUCGAAAAAAGCCAUUUUCCAACUCACUUUUCGCUUUUGAAGUUGUAUUUGAGUAUAUUCAAAUAUGGACAUUAUUCCAUUUUUUGCAACAAGUUAAUAAAACACAAUUUCAUUUUCAAUAAAUUUCAAAAAAGUGAAAAAAAAAGUACUUGGAAACAACAGAUAGUAACAAAACUACAACAAAAAAAUACAAUAGUCGUGACUCGUGGUACAAGGAAUCAACAUAUAAUAAUCACAUAAAUCGAAAAACAAGAAACUACAAGAGCAAUACUACGACUAUUAAUAUGAACGGACAACAACACAAUGCAUAACUAUAAAUGAUUGAACAUAAAAAAAAAAGAAAAA